AUGCCCCUUAACCCAACCCACCACCGCACCGACUCCCACCCCUCCUACCCCCGCGCCUCAAUCCUCCCAACCACAACCUCAACCAACUUCAACGCAACAACAACCCAAACCCCCUACCAAAGCCAAAGCCAAUACCAAUACCAAAACCAAUCAUCAUCCACAAGCAGCACAGCCUCAAUGUCCGCCUCUAAACAGCGCCAAUACGCACACCUGCACGCACAACUGGCACAGUUAAACGCGAACUUAGCGGAUACGCAGAAUCUGUUGCGUAUGACGGCGGUGCAGGCGGGGGAUAUGAGGUUUUUGGGUGGGUAUAUGGGGGCGUUGUUUAUGGGGGGUGCGAAGGUUUUGGGGGAGGAGGGGGUUAAAGGGUGUGGUGAUGAGGGGAGGGUUAAGAAGGAGGAGGAGGGGGAGGAGGAUUGA